UAGUAACCGGGAAAAAGUCGUUUUCAAAUCAUGUUCAAUGAACAUAAACAUAUUGUAUAUCGGUUAACCUUCUGAAACAAGUUGCAUUAAUAAGAAACUUUAUGAAACCUUAAGUGAUUUUGUUUCUUAACUUAAUGUAUAACUAGUAGAUUCUGUUUUGAAUAAUCCAAAACCAGAAGAAUCCUCUGGUACUGGUCUUAUUUAUCCUGGUGUGGAUACAGCAUUUAAAUUACUUUUAUCAGCUAGAUUUUGUUCAGCUAUAUGGAGUCACAUAACAGAUUGUGAUGAGACUUAUAAUUAUUGGGAACCUAGUCAUUAUUUACUUUAUGGUACUGGCCAACAAACAUGGGAAUACAGUCCACAAUAUGCAUUAAGAUCAUAUACAUAUUUGUUAAUUCAUAUGGUACCAGCAAAACUCUAUCAUUAUUUGUUAGAGCCUAAUCCUGUUCUAGUCUUCUAUUUUGUAAGGUGCUUAUUAUCUGUGGGUUGUGCAUUAUCUGAAGUAUACUUUUAUAAAAAUGUAUGCAGAGAAUUUGGAAUUCAUAUAGGAAGAUUAACAUUAGUAUUCCUUAUACUAAGUUCUGGCAUGUAUAUUGCUAGUGCUGCAUUUUUGCCAUCUUCUUUUUCAAUGUAUUUAAGUACUGUAGCUACAGCAGCUUGGUAUGCCCGUCAGUAUGAAUUAGCCAUUUUUGCUACUGCUAUAUCUGCCUUGUUAGGAUGGCCAUUUGCUGCACUACUUGGAAUACCAAUUGCAGUAGAAAUGUUAGUACAGAAACAAGAAUGGGGUCAAUUCAUAAAGUGGGUAAUCAUAUCUGGUGUAGUAGUUUUAGUACCAGUAGUAUGGAUUGAUUCAAUGUAUUAUGGCAAACUAGUAAUAGCACCAUUAAAUAUUAUAACAUACAAUGUGUUUACUAAUCAUGGACCAAAUAUUUAUGGAACUGAACCGUUUAGUUACUAUAUCUAUAAUGGAUUUCUGAACUUUAAUUUUAUUUUCCUGGGUGCACUUUGGGCUCCAAUUGGAUUGUUUUUAGUAUGGUUAAUUGUACCAGCACGACCGAGAGACCGUCUUUGUUUGUCUUAUUGGUACUCUUUGGCACCAUUAUAUCUUUGGUUUCUAGUAUUCUUUUUCCAGCCUCAUAAGGAAGAACGAUUUCUAUUUCCGGUUUAUCCAAUGAUUUGCUUAGCUGGGGCCAUAGCUGUGGAUGUUAUUCAAAAAUUGUAUUUCUUUAUCAGAACAAAACUUAGUCCCUUACAUAUUGCUUAUCAUUAUUUACAAUAUACUGCUCAUAUUACAUUUUUUGCUAUCUUAAUAUGUGGUCUCCUUGGUAUAUCAAGAUCAUUGGCACUAUAUAAAGGUUAUUAUGCACCAAUGGAAGUAAUGAUUGAUGCUAAUAAAUUUGGAUUAGAGGGAGAAAUACCUAAAGAUAUGUACAUAAAUUUCUGUGUUGGAAAGGAAUGGCACAGAUUUCCAGGUAGCUUCUUCUUCCCAUCAAAUAAUUGGAAACUUCAAUUUUUAAAAUCGGAAUUCAAGGGCCAGUUACCACAACCUUUCUUAGAUCAUGAAAAUGCAACUAGUGUAAUACAACCUUAUUUCAAUGAUAUGAACAGAGAGGAACCAACGCGCUAUUUUAACGUGAAUAAAUGCCAUUUUGUGUUAGAUUUGGACAUUGAUACUGAAACAGAAUUAGAACCAAAUUAUUCUCGAUUAACCGAUAAUUUUACAGUAAUCAAAUCAGCCAAAUUUUUAAAUUCCGCAAAGUCUCAUCAAUUUUUUAGAGCAUUCUAUGUACCCUUUGUGUCACAUAAAUUUUGUACAUACGGCUCGUAUAAUUUAUUACAAAAUAUUAAACUCAAAACGAUCCCUCUUUUAUCAAAAGACAAACAUACAAAAUCUUAAAUUGAAAGUACAGAACUUUUUAUUUUAAUGAACAGGGUUUUUGUCAGGGAAGUUUUUCAACUACCUUUCUGUACUUGAUAAUAAAAAUGUAAGUGAUGGUAAAAAGUAGUAAU